UUGUCCCGUUAUUUUGUCACCAUACCAGGGUCGAAGUUACGCGAUGCAAAGCGACCUCCAUACAAAUAUCACCAGAUCCCCACAACCGCUGACGAUACGCCGCAUUCAAAGAUUAUUCUUGUCGUAUUUUCCACAAUAUGGUACUGGGCUUAAUAAGACUGAGGGCCCCCUGGCAGAGGAAGAAUAGUUAGAUCCGGAUACUUUGUCAAAAUUGGAUCCGGGUUGAAUGCACCAGAAGGCCAUGUCCAGUGGAACACUUCACACCAUACCAAGAUCACUUCAUAAUGACCCGAACCGAUCCCCUCGAUGCUUUUAAAGCGUGGCUCUCUGAAAACGGAGCAAGUUUCCCUUCUCUCUCCUUCAAAGCUUCACGCUCUGGGUGCGAAUCUCGCGGGAGAGGACUGUUUACCACGAACCGAAUAACACUAGAGGAAGGGAAAUCCAUCGCAACCGUGCCAGCUAAACUGGUCAUCAACACUUCUUUAGUUGUACGAAUUGCAAAGUAUGGACGAACAACACCGGCUAAGAAGUUGGCUCAAUGUGUGGACGGGUUGAGAAAAGGGGGUUUGAGUGCGGAAGGCGCGGCUUGGGAGAGGGUAUGCUUGUUAGUGUUCCUCCUUUGGGGGUGGGUGUAUUCUGAACCGUUGAGAGAAGAGACAGGCAGGGAGAGGGACAGUGGUGAAAUUGUAGAAGAAGAUCCGGCACUUUCCAUCGACUUUUGGCUUCCCUAUGUUCGUAUACUUCCUGAUAUAGACGGCCUUGAUACGCCGGUAUUUUGGUCAGGAUCGCCAGCAUUGUCACUACUUAAGGGUAUGGAACUAGAUGAUGCAGUAAGGGCCAAAAAACUGAAGCUUACUCGCGAAUACAGCGAGCUUCUCCCCCAUUUGUCGAUUCUUGAUAAUGCGAAGGGUCGCAUCACGCUAGAAAGAUUUAUGUGGGCGGAUGGUGUUUUUUGGAGUCGUGUGCUAUCAUUUGGAUCUGCGUUGGAAGGAACCGAUACGACCACAAGCGAUGAUUACCACUUAGUUCCACUGGUAGACUUUUGCAAUCAUUCAUUUGACCAGCACAUUGGAUGGCAUAUUUCUGAAUCCGCGUCUUGCCGAGUGGAAUUGAGGGCAGUCGAUAUGGCUGUUGGGGAUGUUGCCGCCGACACCGAGCUUUUUAUCAGCUACGGCCAGAAACCAAACUCAGAGUUAUUGUUCAUCCAUGGAUUUGUGGUGCCAGAAAAUCCCUUUGAAACGCUCAUUGUACCCGCGCCGUUUAUUGAAGGGAGUAAUGUUCCAUUUGAACCUGAUGGUGACGAGGAAUCGGAAGAAAGGGAACUGAGUGAAGAGGCUGAGAUCGAGCGUGAAGAGCGGAAAAUGCAGAAAAUUGGUGCGCAGAUUGCCAUUAAGGAUAAGCUCCAGUUCCUUUCUCUGUUGGGGCUGAGGAGGGUCAUAGAUAUCAGCCGACCUCCAAUGAGCGGCAAUGUCGACGAAGACGAACAGGGGGAGAUUGAGGUUGAUAUGAACGAUCCUACAAAAGGGCUACUUACUGACGAUGGCCUUCUUGCCAUGUAUGUCUCCGUAUUGACAGCGGAGGAUGGAUUCGGACGCACAGACGCUGGCGGUCCGAGAGAUAACCCCGAGUACAACCUCGGCGGACAUAAGAUAUUCCCCUUGACAAAGGAAACAUUCUCUACCCUCGUUCAAGCACUUCCACAUUACGAAGUCAUCAGACUGCGAGUAUUUGCCGUUCUCCUCGACAUGAUCAACUUUCGACUCUACGAACUUUCUGGAGAAUAUACCCAAGGGCGCGCUACGCGUACAGCGCCUUUGAAAGAAGGCGAUGUUAUUACAACUGAAGACAUGCGAAUGAACAAGGUGGAAGUAUUUAGGGAAGGGCAAUAUGAUCUAUUAGUGGCUGCUUUUGGCCUCUUGCAAACUCUGCAGGAACGGUGGGCUGAAUUCGAUGUGGUACAGGAGUACUUGACUGCAAUACAGGCGGGUUCCGAUGAUGAAUGAGAUUUGUACUUACUGAUUUGUUGUUUGGGGAAAAGGAUAAUAUAGUGUAGUAUAGGAUAUUGUUGUACAAUAAUGUACCGCCGGUCACUGUAACUCACAGUGAGGUAUGGACAUACUGACUAAGUCAAAAAAACACUACUCAGGUAACUACGGUGCAAGGGCCGUGAAACAGC